GUAAGUAACUGAAGGGGACAUGAAGAAUUGACAUUUAAAUGGCCAGCAUGUUGCAAAAGUCUGACAGCAACGCAAGCUUCCUCCGAGCUGCCAGAGCUGGCAAUCUGGACAAAGUAGUGGAAUACCUGAAAAGUGGAAUAGACAUUAACACAUGUAAUCAGAAUGGACUCAAUGCUCUGCACCUGGCGGCAAAAGAAGGCCAUGUGGGACUGGUACAAGAAUUAUUGGAAAGAGGGUCAGCUGUGGAUUCUGCCACUAAGAAAGGGAAUACAGCCCUGCACAUUGCAUCCUUAGCAGGACAAGCUGAAGUUGUCAAAGUUCUGGUUAAGGAAGGAGCCAAUAUUAAUGCACAGUCUCAGAAUGGCUUUACUCCUUUAUAUAUGGCAGCUCAAGAGAACCACAUUGAGGUGGUGAAAUAUCUCCUGGAGAACGGAGCCAACCAAAGCACAGCUACUGAGGACGGUUUCACUCCCCUAGCUGUUGCACUGCAGCAAGGACACAACCAGGCGGUGGCCAUCCUCCUGGAAAAUGACACCAAGGGGAAAGUGAGAUUACCGGCUCUGCACAUCGCCGCUAGAAAAGACGACACCAAAUCGGCGGCGCUCCUACUGCAGAACGACCAUAAUGCCGAUGUGCAGUCCAAGAUGAUGGUGAAUAGGACGACUGAGAGUGGCUUUACACCUUUGCACAUAGCCGCGCACUAUGGAAACGUCAACGUGGCAACGCUUCUGCUAAACCGAGGAGCUGCAGUCGAUUUCACAGCAAGGAAUGGAAUCACCCCACUGCAUGUGGCUUCCAAAAGGGGAAACACAAACAUGGUGAAGCUCUUGUUGGAUCGCGGAGGGCAGAUCGAUGCCAAAACCAGGGAUGGACUCACCCCACUCCACUGUGCUGCAAGAAGUGGACACGACCAAGUUGUGGAGCUGCUCCUGGAACGAGGUGCCCCACUGCUUGCACGGACCAAGAAUGGACUCUCUCCGCUUCACAUGGCGGCCCAGGGGGACCACGUGGAAUGCGUCAAGCACCUGCUGCAGCACAAAGCCCCCGUGGAUGAUGUCACGCUGGAUUACCUGACCGCCCUCCACGUGGCUGCGCACUGCGGCCACUAUCGUGUCACCAAACUCCUUCUGGACAAGAGAGCAAAUCCCAAUGCUCGCGCCCUGAAUGGUUUUACUCCACUGCACAUUGCCUGCAAGAAAAAUCGCAUCAAAGUCAUGGAACUCCUGGUGAAAUAUGGGGCUUCAAUCCAGGCUAUAACAGAGUCGGGCCUCACACCAAUACACGUGGCUGCAUUUAUGGGCCACUUGAACAUAGUCCUCCUUCUGCUGCAGAACGGAGCCUCUCCCGAUGUCACUAACAUUCGUGGAGAAACUGCGUUGCACAUGGCGGCACGUGCCGGGCAGGUGGAAGUAGUUCGCUGCCUCCUGAGAAACGGGGCCCUGGUUGAUGCCCGAGCCAGGGAAGAACAGACUCCAUUGCACAUUGCUUCUCGCUUGGGCAAAACGGAGAUCGUCCAACUUCUGCUCCAGCACAUGGCCCACCCCGAUGCCGCAACAACUAAUGGGUACACUCCACUGCACAUCUCUGCCAGAGAGGGACAAGUUGAUGUCGCAUCGGUUCUCCUAGAGGCAGGUGCCUCGCACUCCAUGUCCACCAAAAAGGGAUUCACACCUUUGCAUGUGGCGGCCAAAUAUGGGAGCCUGGAAGUGGCAAAACUCCUGCUGCAGCGCCGUGCCUCUCCCGAUUCAGCUGGCAAGAAUGGAUACACCCCUCUGCAUAUUGCUGCCAAGAAAAAUCAGAUGCAGAUAGCUACCACUCUAUUGAACUAUGGGGCUGAGACCAACAUUUUGACCAAGCAGGGAGUCACCCCGCUUCAUUUGGCCUCCCAAGAAGGUCACACUGACAUGGUGACCUUGCUUUUGGAGAAAGGAUCCAAUAUCCACGUGGCAACAAAGACUGGACUGACAUCCUUACACCUUGCAGCUCAAGAGGAUAAAGUGAAUGUAGCUGAAAUACUCACAAAACACGGCGCAAACCAAGAUGCUCAGACAAAGCUUGGUUAUACACCUUUAAUUGUGGCGUGUCACUAUGGAAACAUCAAAAUGGUGAAUUUUCUUCUCAAGCAGGGAGCAAAUGUCAAUGCUAAAACUAAGAAUGGGUACACCCCUCUUCACCAAGCUGCUCAACAAGGCCACACUCACAUCAUUAACGUUCUUCUCCAACAUGGGGCCAAGCCCAACGCCACCACCACUAAUGGUAACACUGCCUUAGCUAUUGCAAGGCGUCUGGGAUAUAUCUCAGUGGUCGAUACGCUGAAGGUUGUAACGGAGGAGAUUACCACCACCACAACUACUGUAACAGAGAAGCACAAGCUAAAUGUACCUGAGACAAUGACUGAGGUCCUGGAUGUUUCAGACGAAGAAGGUGAUGACACAAUGACAGGAGAUGGAGGAGAGUACCUUAGGCCAGAAGACCUCAGAGAACUGGGAGAUGACUCUUUACCAAGCAGCCAGUUCUUAGAUGGUAUGAACUACCUCAGGUACAGCUUGGAAGGAGGACGAUCUGACAGCACCAUGCCCAGCCUGCGAUCCUUCAGUUCAGACAGGUCCCACACAUUGAGCCAUGCCUCCUACCUGAGGGACAGUGCCAUGAUUGACGAUACGGUUGUAAUCCCCAGCCAGCAGGUAACAACUCUGGCCAAAGAAGCUGAAAGGAAUUCAUAUCGCUUAAGCUGGGGCCCUGAAACCUUGGACAAUGUGGCUCUUUCUUCCAGCCCUAUUCAUUCAGGAUGCUCUUCUCCAUGUCUUGAUCAUGACAACAGCAGCUUCCUAGUUAGUUUCAUGGUGGAUGCUCGUGGGGGUGCCAUGAGAGGUUGCAGACAUAACGGACUACGAAUCAUUAUUCCUCCGCGGAAAUGCACUGCUCCAACACGAGUGACUUGCCGGUUGGUGAAACGCCACCGACUGGCCACCAUGCCUCCCAUGGUGGAAGGUGAAGGUCUGGCCAGCCGCCUGAUUGAAGUUGGACCUUCUGGUGCUCAGUUUCUUGGGCCUGUGAUUGUGGAGAUUCCCCAUUUUGCUGCUCUGCGUGGGAAAGAGAGAGAGCUGGUGAUCCUGCGCAGUGAGAAUGGGGACAGCUGGAAGGAGCAUUUCUGUGAAUACACUGAGGAUGAACUGAACGAAAUCUUGAAUGGAAUGGAUGAAGUACUUGACACUCCAGAGGAGCUUGAGAAGAAACGUAUCUGCCGCAUCAUCACCCGAGAUUUCCCUCAGUACUUUGCAGUGGUAUCCCGGAUCAAACAGGACAGCAACCUUAUCGGACCCGAGGGAGGUGUGCUGAGCAGCACUGUUGUACCACAAGUGCAGGCAGUCUUCCCAGAAGGGGCUCUAACCAAGCGAAUUCGCGUUGGCCUCCAGGCUCAACCUAUGCAUACUGAACUUAUAAAGAAGAUUUUAGGCAACAAGGCUACCUUCAGUCCUAUAGUCACACUGGAGCCCAGGAGAAGGAAGUUCCAUAAACCCAUCACGAUGACGAUUCCCGUCCCCAAGGCCUCCAGUGAUGGGAUCAUGAACGGUUAUGGAGGCGACACACCCACUUUAAGGUUACUAUGCAGCAUAACAGGAGGAACCACCCCUGCCCAAUGGGAAGACAUCACCGGAACAACACCGCUGACAUUUGUUAAUGAAUGUGUUUCCUUCACAACAAAUGUGUCUGCCAGAUUUUGGUUGAUAGACUGUCGACAGACACAAGAAUCUGUUACUUUUGCUUCCCAAGUGUACAGAGAGAUUAUCUGUGUCCCCUACAUGGCCAAAUUUGUGGUGUUUGCCAAAUCACAUGAUCCCAUUGAAGCACGGUUAAGAUGUUUUUGCAUGACAGAUGACAAGGUGGAUAAAACUCUGGAACAACAAGAAAAUUUUGCUGAAGUUGCCAGAAGCAGGGAUGUAGAGGUAUUAGAAGGAAAACCCAUCUAUGUUGACUGCUUUGGCAAUUUGGUGCCACUAACAAAGAGUGGGCAACAUCAUAUAUUCAGUUUUUUUGCCUUCAAAGAAAAUAGACUUCCUCUGUUUGUUAAGGUGCGAGAUACCACCCAAGAACCCUGUGGACGAUUAUCAUUCAUGAAGGAGCCAAAAUCUACAAGAGGCCUCGUUCAUCAAGCCAUAUGUAAUUUAAACAUCACUUUACCCAUUUACACAAAGGAAUCAGAAUCAGAUCAAGAACAAGAAGAAGAGGUUGAUAUGACUUCAGAAAAAAAUCAACAGGAUGAUCAGGAAAGGACAGAGGAAAGACUGGCCCACAUUGCUGAUCAUCUUGGAUUCAGCUGGACAGAGCUAGCCAGAGAACUGGAUUUCACAGAAGAGCAGAUUCACCAGAUCCGAAUUGAAAAUCCUAAUUCACUUCAAGACCAGAGCCAUGCACUCCUCAAGUACUGGCUUGAAAGGGAUGGGAAACACGCAACAGAUACAAAUCUUACCCAAUGUCUUACAAAAAUCAACCGGAUGGAUAUUGUUCACCUAAUGGAGACCAGCGGCAUAGACUCCAUGCAGGUCCACGGCACUCGCACGUACGCAGAAAUUGAACAAACAAUAGGAUUGGACCAUAGUGAAGGGUUUUCUGCACUGCAAGAAGAACUGUACAGUUCAAGACAUAAGCAAGAAGAACGACAUAGAAUAUCUAAAGACAGCGAGCCAACUGAACACCCUCCUAUUGUCUCUGAGGAAGACGUGUCUGUCAGUUAUUCUCCUUUUCAGGACAGUACUCCCAGGAGUGAGGCAGAAGGAUCAAUGGCUGAGCUCCUGAGACAAGCACAUAAGGAGCAAGUAGAAGCUGAAUUCUCAGGGAAACCCCAAGAUGUGCCAGAAAAACCGUCUGCUUCACAACAUGAAUAUUUUGUCACAACUCCAGGAACAGAGCAGUCUACGGCACCAGUAACUGGAAAAGCAGGAAGCGAAAAAUCUGCACACUUCAGUGCAGCAAAGGAAGAGAGAGAAAAACCACCCCCACAGCCCCCAUCAUCUGCCCAGAGAAGUGACUCUCCCAUCAUCCAAGAGCCCGAGGAUCCCCAGCUCCACGAGGAUGACCUCUCUCCAAGAAGAACUAGUCUAGUGAUAGUGGAGUCAACUGAUGAGCAGGCAGAAAAGUUUGGAAGAGGCUAUGAAGAGGAAUCUUUAGAAAAGGCUGAUAGUAUGCCUGAAAUGCCACCAGAAACAGUCACAGAAGAGCAAUAUACAGAUGAACAUGGCCACACAGUGGUAAAGAAGGUCACUAGAAAGAUCAUCCGGCGAUACGUUUCUCCAGACGGCACAGAAAAAGAGGAGGUCCUAAUGCAAGGAACACCACAAGAACCUGUCACUGUCGAAGAAGGAGAUGGCUAUUCCAAAGUUGUAAAACGGGUUGUGCUGAAGAGCGACAGUGAACAGUCAGAGGUGACCCUGUCUGAACCUGCUGUUUUGCCUAGUGCCUCCAAAUUCCAGUCUGAACCAGUGGAAGGCCGGAAGGUCAGCAAAGUCAUAAAGACCACUGUAGUGCAAGGGGAGAGAACGGAGAAACACCUGGGGGAUGCUAGCUUAGCUACUGAUCUUCCGUCAGCCAAAGAGGAUUUCGAAGAGGCUUUGAGCUAUACAGGUAACCAAAUGAAAGUCCAGCUCCCCGCUUUAGUAGAGAAAGAAAUCAUGAAAGAGGACGGAUCAGUUAUUAAAAGGACAACACUGAGUAAAGCCAGCACACAGAAGAGGACUGUGAUGAAGGAUCGGUACGGAAAACACGUUCACAUAGAAGAGCUGGAAGACACACCAGAAGCACUACCACAGGAUGACCUCCAACAUGACCUCCAGCAGCUUCUUAGACACUUCUGCAAAGAGGACUGGAAACAGGAGGUGAAGUGAGGAAGCUGCCACCCCUCGACACCACCACAUAACCAUCCACCCCCUAUGCAGCAUUCAUCUUCUCUAGGUGUAGACAUUAUUACCUACAUAAUCACUGGAAGACACUGCCAUUUCUACUUGUGCAGAUGCAGUGAAUUCAUUUCUACCCACCCCCCGCCCCCGUAUUUGAUUUUGGGUUUUUGUUAUAUUUUACCCUGUAAGCUAAUUUGUGACCAAAGAUAGCAUCCUUCAUUCAGGAUGAUUUAUCCACCGAAUCGUCGUCUUUGUGCUGUACUGGGAAUUUGUCAGCAUCGCCACCUCUUGCUGUUCCUUUGCUUCUGCACUAGCUUCAUGAAAUUGCAUUUGUCAAGCCAACUUCAUCUACAGGCCUCUUCAAGUGACUAUGUACAUGCAUCAUAAAAAAGGGAGUUAACGUGUAAACUGUAUAUAGCAAGAGUAUUUGGACUUACAAGACUGCAGAAAAUACACUGCCUGUGACUACAAUUAGCAUCAUGGAUUACAAGGUCUAUUGACACUGCUGAAGAGCGAUUAAUAAAAUAACGUUAACACAAUCGACUGCAAACACAGACUGACUGAGGAGGAAGCACUGCAGAUCUACUGCAUCCAUAAGACUUCCAGUUUAGGGAUCUAUUAUAGUUAAAGGCUCUAAGAGUCAGGCUGAAAACCUGGAAAUUCAGCUGUGCUCACAAAGUAACAGCUGACUGUGGCCAUUAAUGCUUCUAAGACCUUCGGACAGCCACUUAAAGAUUUCCAGAAAAAAAAAAGAAAAGAAAAAAAAAAACAAAACAAACCACAACCCAAUUAGGUAACCAACUUGCUAGCAGCUAUAUCUAUGGCACAUUUGCAUACGGUAUUAAAAUCUUUUAGAUCUGGACAUGUGGCAGGGUGUAUUAAACAAUUAUAACUACAGUAGUUUCCUGUUUUCAUCACCGCUUAGCAAACCACACCGUCUUACUGGUGGUACUUCCUGCUGGCCACUGCACUGUAGAUAACUAUGGGAGACAGACUUACCCACUAUACAAGGAGAAUGAUUAAUUCACCGUGUUUUAUCAAGAUUGCCUCUUAUCCGAUACAUGCAUGUGGCGUUUGAAGGUCAAAGCCAAACCCUCCUAUAAUCAUGUCAGCUUGUUAGCCCUCUUAGCACUGAGCGAGCAGUUUUUAUCUUCCAAUCAAGUGUUUUUUAAAGAGAAAGUGCUCACAAUCCUUGAAAGCCAGUUUCUGUUCAUAUUUUGUUAUCUAUCUAUAUAUAUAAUAUAUAUAUUUCUAAACCAACCCUCUGAAAACCAUGAUAGCAUGUCUGCACUUUGAUUUGCAAAAAAGGGAACACAGAGAUCUGACAUUUGGGGUUAAUAAUUAACGGAGGGAGCUCUGUAGUGUUUUAGCAUAUAUAAUACACGCAUACCACACACACGCACUAACUAGAAGUUUUUAAACAAGCUCUUUCAUUUUUGAAGAGUACGCUCCAAACCAGAGUAAAACAAAUCCUCUCCUCUAGGAGUAAUACUUUCUCCACGCUUAUCUGGCCUUCUGCGAUUAUAGGGUUGUUGGGUUUUUUUAACGACUCACUCAGUGCUCAGAACAAGGGCACUUCCUCGUGAAGGCGACGAUGCCGAAAGCAUGAAAACGUCUUGGGAGUUCUGGCUUCCUUGCAGGCAAAACAACCCGAGGUGCCACGCUAACACUUUUUUGGCAGGCUGGGAAGGGGAAAAAAAAAAAAAAAAAAAACAAACCCCCACCAAACCAAAAAAAAAAAAAAAAAGAAGUGUUUUGGCUGCAACGCCGAGCGAGACCCACGAUGAAACAUUUCACAGCGCGUCACGGCUUUCUUAUUGUCAGAGACAGCACAGGAUGAUCUUCAAGGAUGGGGCUCUAAAGAAAUGCAUUUCUGUUGUGUUACUUGCGGUGCAGAUGAUGUUCUGUGUAACAACAUAAUGGUUAUUCACCUCUUAUUUUGAUUUUUUGCUGUGUUAUUAAAGAACUUGAAUACUGUGAGAAGAAGUGAAUUUUAAGUUGACGAGUCAGCAUCUUGUUCCCAUGGUGAUAACACUAAUUGAAUAUAUCUAUGAGGGCAUGUAUUAGUUAAAAAUUAAAAAAAAAAAAAAAUACAACACUAACAAUACAUAGCUGCAAUGUGUACAAUGGCUGAUUUAACUAAAUAAAAAUGUACAAGUGUUAAAUGU